UAAAUAAGAAGUAAGAAGGACGAAGUGCGCUUGCGCUAUUAUUUUAGCCUCACUAAUAUGUAGCAACCAGAUCCGAAUGAAGUUUUAUGUUAGUGAACAGAAUUGACAUCAGCAGGGAACGCCAGCCGUGGCUUGACGUGUCACUGCCAAGAGCCGUCUUUAUUUUCAUGUCUUACUAUUGCAAGCUCCCCUGUUUUGUUCACCGCACAAAGGAGUACGCUGCAGGGUCUUGCGACAACGUGAGCGCAAGAGUCUGAGAGUGCUUGUUCUGUGCAUGCGCCCUGGCGACUCACCAAUUUCUUGGGUCCCCAAUUUUAAAACUCUCCAAUGAUUCGCCGGAGUUGGGAUAUGCGCCUCCGGCUUGUGCCUUGACAUACAAUGCGUGGUCAACUAUGCUUGCGCGAUUAUCUCUUGAAGAGGAGUUUUGUGCCUCUUGUGCUUUCAACGCAAAGUUUGCGCUGAAGCUAUAGACCACAGGGAGGUCACUUUGCUCGCUGCUGCGGCUGCGUUUGAGAAAGGAGUGAGCUUCUGGCUAGAAGAGCCACAGUAGGGGCUACUUGAAGUAAGAACUAUGACAGUUCGCGCUCGUCCUAGGUUCACCUUCAUAUCAUCUUAAUAUGGCUCUUGACAUUGAGAAUACGAAGAUGCAACUCAGUACGCCACAGUUGAUGGAAUUGAUGAAGACCAGGCAUCGAGUCGGCUACCACAUCUACUACCAGGCCGACGGUACGCCGACGACCGACGGAUAUCUAUUCUCAUUGCCAAGUCAUCCCACUGAAGGCUAUGCGGAGGUCGCAGUGGUCGUAGAAGUUACUGCAGGGUACAAAACGUUCGAGUUCGGAUAUGAUUACGACGAAGGAAAAAAUCACAUGCACUACAUAUGCCGUCACAGUGCGGGGACCAGCGAGGCCUUGGCGACAAGGCAGUACAACCAAAAGGACCUGCCUCUUCCAACAGCCGUUGCCAAAGUGAAUGUCCUUCCUGGCGUACACGUAUUCCGAAUGAGGAUUGAUAAUGACACUCAAGACGUACAGCUUUACGUCGACCAGGACGCCCUAUUCGGAAAAGCAGUUCCUAAUAUCGAAUUUGCUAACCAAAUCAAGGUCAAGACUGAGAAAGGGAGAGUCUUUGAGGCCCACUACGUGGCUAAUAAUGGCUCCGACAUUUUUGAUAAUAGCGCAGGCGAUGAUCCUCGCCAGGCACCGAGGCUUUCUCCAGGCUGCUAUGUGGAAGUGAGCGGACAGGUAAUCCCUGGUUUGCCUCGCACAUACUUUCUGAUUAGUGAAUUAAGCAAGUACGAACAAGGUAAAAAUAUGGAAAAUACGCAAGUGAAGUUCCUCGUACCUUUGCCUGGGAAUACUGAAUCUUUCGUUUACUACGUAAAGUUCUUCGAAAAACAUCUGAUCGUGGACGCAGGAGCAGGAAUAAAAGUUUACAAGCAUAACUUCAAAGCUCCUGCCCGGUACUACCCAAUGUCUCUGUGGACUGAAAACGUUACAAUUGUUUGCAACAACUAUGUUCAUUUGUGGAAUAUGAGCAAGGCAUCUCCAUAGUGCUGCUUUCCUCACAAAUUCUUCAGUCUGCAAUAUCAUACAAUAAAACUUUGCCCAAUUUG